AUGGCCGGCCGAGAAGAUGCUUGCCGCAUCUGCUUCACGGCUGUGACGGCAGGGUUCGACAUCGACUGGGUUGAGGCAAUGACUCGCUACAACUCCAACGACAAAGCCAACAAAGGGUUUGUGAGAGACGUCGACAGGAGCUGUGAGAGACUGGCCCGGCUUGACGCCGACGAGGAGUUGGAGUAUUUCGAUCCCCCAUCCUCGGUGAAGGCAGUGCAGUCGAUCUCAGAGUCGAUGACGGUAGAAUGCUUGUUCCUGACCGAGAACCAAAUGGUGAAGCUCAUUGGUGCGACUUCGACUGCUUUGAAGCUUGACAAAGUCAACCGAUUGAGUGAGUGUGGGCGACGAGUAGUCGCCGGCUUUUAUGUUCGCUUUGACGACCUCCCGGAGGACAUCAGGGAGAGGGACUUACUCGGGCUUCGGCGAAUCAAGUGGGAGCUCAAGUUCCAUGCGCAGCACGAGAAGGAGAUCUUGCAACCGAGCCGACAGCUACGUUUGGCCCAAGGGGCUGAUGUGCUGCCUGGAGUGGCCGCAAGGAUGCCGGACCGAUCUGCCCCCAGCCCUUUGGAGCUCCUGGCAACUAUGCCGACCAUCAGUGCCUUGCGCAAGAAGGCCUUCGAUCUUGAGGAGAAACGCAAGAAGAAGGAUGAGGAGCUUGCCGCCAAGCUCGAGCUCGAGCUUGAUGAUGCCAAUGCUGUCGAGGUCGAAGAGCAGGAGGACGACGAGCCGCUGAUGAAGGGAGGUUUGUCUUUUGGGCUGGGAACGACUACCGUCGACAAAAGUGCAGGCGUUGCCACCAGGAAGAGAAAAAAGCAACAGGGCAGUUUGAGGGGGGGGGCGGAGGUCUCCUCAGUGCCAAGGAGGAGCACCGGCAGCGCACGCAAUGCGGAUGAGGCCCAACCUCAGCCGCAGGAAGAAAUCAAGGCUGCCCUCAGCCACGAUCCCGAACUUUGCAAGGUGGCUCUCAAACUUGGCUAUGUUCCCGACAGUAUGACCAACCUGACCGUUGCACGGGCUCUAGAAGGUGCCAAGAUGGGCAACCAAUGCACCGGCGCCACACGUCUGCUGGAGAAGUUGGGAGACACGUCGAAAGAAGGCCGCAGCCUUUCGCGGAGAAUUGCAGCUGUGCAAGCAGCACAGCUUUUGGCAGGGACUGCCGAUCUUCUGAGCUUGCCCUCCGAGGAGAGGUUGUCUAAGUAUGCACUGAUUGGUGCCACCGGCUCCUCUGUGCCUCUGCUGAUCAAGCUGAAGGUCACAAUUGCAGAAGUUUGCGAAGCUACGAAAAGUUUCGUGAAGAUGACAGAUGGUGGCGGCGCUAAGCUGCAAAACAUUGUCUCGAUGCUCAUUGUUUGCAAGGGCACUCUGGACAAUGAGUGGAGCUUCCUGAGGCCCAGCUUCGCACAUGUCGUGAGCGAAGCGAUGCAGCUGUCAGGAGAUGAUGAGCGCCGGAGCCGGGAAGCCCGAGACCUGGGUAGUGAGAAGGGGAAUGAGCAGGCAGCGGAAGUGGAAGCAGAGAUCGAGAGUCGCUGGGAGGCACUGGCGAAUGGAUGGGUUGAUGCCUUCGCCAACGACACGCUGCUGGGAUUAAUCCCUGCAACAUCCACAUCCAGCUACUCGCGCCUCUUGGAUAUAUGCUCUGCCAUGCUGACAGCCCUCAAUGCGCAGGCUCCCCACAUCCCGGACGACUUUCCAAGUCUGAUGCGGAGCAGCAUUGACCGAGUCACAACUUUCUGCAAGUGCAUUUGCUGCUUGGCUGCUCCACUCCCGAAUUACAUGGACUGCACUUUCCGCGAUGCAUUCGUGCUGUCCAAGUAUCCGGGCACCGACUACAUGGAGGCCGAGAUCAAGAAUGCCAUUGGCAAGAAGGGUUCCUUCUGGCAGGAGGCAUUCGAUGCAGAGCAGCGCGCAAGCUCGGCAGUCAAGGAGUUUGCCCCAGUCAUCCGGCAGUAUGUGGCAGACAUGGACAAGAUCGUCCGGGAUGCCCAGGGCGAGUCUGCCCCCAUGGAUUGCCCUGCAGCUUUGAAGCUAGUCUCUGAGGUGUUGGACAAAAGGGAUCAUUUGGCGAGCAACCUCCGCAAGGGUGCUCUUCAAGAGCUGGAUUCCAUGCUCCAGGGUUUGAUUCCUUUGCUCAUGGAAGCGAUUGCAAAAGAAAGCGACCUGAAGUCGAUCGUGGGUGUGAACAUCGAGGACUUCCUCAACCGGGCUUCCAAAGUCCCAGCCGUGGGGAAGCCGGUGGACGGCUACGCGGAAGCCCUCGACAAGUUUGCCAUGUGGCAGGCGACAAAUCAGGCAGCUUUGCAGACUGCGAGGUUGAAGGACUUGUGCCAAUCGGCCAAGAAUGCCGAGCCUGGCGCAUUUGAUGCUGCACUUGCUUGGGGAGUGCUCCAAUCCGUGGAUCUUGACGGCGAGGAGGCCGCAGGCAUCAACCUUGAGCCCCUUCUGUUGGCUACUCUGAAGACAGUGCGCUGCAAGGCCCAUAGACUGUAG